AUGUCCACAUACGGUCACAUCUCCGGCAUCCCCAUCGGGGCAACCUUCUCCAACCGCGCUGCCCUGCGCGAGGCCGGCCUGCACGCGCCGUUGUAUGCGGGCAUCUCUCCCAACGUCGAGUUUGGUGCACUCUCCAUCGUCUUGAACGGCGGGUACGAGGACGACGAAGACUGGGGUGAUGUGAUUGUCUAUACCGGCCAAGGCAGCAUUCCGCAGCUCAGUAGGGGCAUAGACUGA